GGAGGAAUGGCAGGCUGGGGAGGCUUCUUCGUGUCACUCCUCAACUACAAGACAGAGAAAUAUGUCAUCGCCGAAAACCGCAAAAUCGGUAUAUUGUUUAGACUCUACCAGCUGGCCGUGCUGGGAUACAUAAUCGGGUGGGUGUUUGUGGUGAGGAAGGGUUACCAGGAGAGAGAAGAGGCCAUCCAGACCUCAGUCAUCACCAAGCUAAAAGGUGUCACACUGACCAACAGCUCCGAGACCGGGCUUCAACUGUGGGGUGCUGAGGAUUAUGUCAUACCCCCGAAUGGUGAGCAGGUGUUCUUCGUAGUUACAAAUUACAUAGAGACCCCCAAUCAGAGGCUGGGGUUCUGCGCUGAGAGCUUCAACGUGCCAGAUGGACGGUGCCAAAGUGACGAUGACUGCGUCGAGGGGGAGACUGUGAUAGCUGGCAAUGGAAUAAAGACCGGGUUGUGUUUAAACAGCACGGGGACCUGUGAGAUUCACGCCUGGUGUCCUGUUGAGUACAGCAAGAGACCCACAGAGCCCUUACUGAGCGAAGCGGAAAACUUCACCAUCUACAUCAAGAAUUUCAUCAGGUUCCCAAAGUUUGAAUUCUCCAAGUCCAACGUCCUUGAAACCUGCGACGACAGCUACCUGAAAAGAUGCUCCUACGACAGCGAGGACAACCUGUACUGUCCCAUCUUCCGCCUCGGAGAUCUGGUCAGCUGGACUGGACACGACUUCCAGGACUUGGCUGCUAAGGGUGGGUCUGUUGGUAUUCUCAUUGAGUGGAACUGUGACCUGGAUAAGGACUCCUCACAGUGUAAUCCAGAGUACAGCUUUACCCGUUUGGACAUGAACGUGAACAACUCGGUCACAUCAGGAUACAACUUCAGAUAUGCCAAGUAUUACAAGGAUCAAAAUGGUGAAACCUUUCGCACUUUGUAUAAAGUGUAUGGGAUUCGCUUCGAUAUAUUGAUCAAUGGCCAGGCUGGGAAAUUCAAUAUUGUUCCCACAAUAAUUGCCAUAGGCUCGGGUGUUGCCCUGCUGGGUGUGGGAGCCUUCGCGUGUGAUAUGAUACUAUUGUACAUGAUGAACACAAGCUCCUUCUACCGAGAGAGGAAGUUUGAAAUCAUCAACUUCAAGAAAGACAAGACCAAACACAAGGAUGGGAAGACAGGUCAGCGGGAGAGGAGAUCCAAGAAACCAGCUGCGGAGAAAGAGGCCGCCAACUCCACUAAAAGCCCAGAGGACACCGAGGCCACGGCAGAGAGCCAGCUGCCUGUGGACCAACGGGGUCCCACCGUUCCACGCAAUGCAGGACAGCGAUACCCUGCCAUUGUCUCUCCCCAAGCUGCAGAGCCAAGGCCUCACAUCACCUUCGCUUCACACAAUUAAGUUAAGCAGGCAGGCCGAGACCAACCACCUGCAGCGGUCUGCAAGAGGUGGAACCAAGAGACGGACGGAUGUCCACUUCUCACCUACUGGCACGACUUGCUGGCACGCCACUAGCUUGAAUGAUGCUUGUCCCGACUACAAACAUGUUGGUCCAGAGAAAUGUAAAUGUUCGACACUGUUCAAGUGGGCCAGAAAGGUGGUUUUCAGUGGCGGGGUCAGGGUCGAAAGCUGGGAUGUGGGAGAUUACAACAGGUUCAUUGAUAAUCAGAUGCAAAAGUGACAGAAGUGACUCAUCUAAGACUUUUAGCCAAUUGCCAAAUAUUUGCAGAUUACUGCUUUACAAAUGCAAAUAAUUAACUGUCUUGGUUGCAUGUCAUAAAAUGAAUGCUUACUUGGAAUGCUUACUUGGAUUAAGUAAAAUAGACAUUGUAGACGAAUAAAUAAACUGUAAAGUGAUUUCUGCUAAAUCAGUUCACAAAACACCUUAAUGAUUUUAUCAGCACGGAUUCAAAAUGAAAAUCUUUAAAAACAUCUGCACUAGGAAGCAAUAUGUAAUAAAAUGAGUGAACGGUCUUAAUUGUUGGUAUUGCAGUUGAAUGCAUCGUGUACCUCUGUUGUGACAGGAAUUUGUGUGUACUGUUAAACACUGAUGUGUCUCCUACUGUAUGUUGACGUUGAUCUAAGCCAUGCGAUGGCUACAACAAUCUUAUUCACGAUAUUCACAUGUGAAGCUGUGGAAUGUCGUUGUGAUGUGCACUGGCUGACUGGUAAUGAAUGGUGCAAGACAUUGAAGUGCAUGGACUCCUUUUCGUUUGUUCUUCCCGUUACUAUUUAUUAAAUGGUCUUUAUUGUUGGAAA